CUCGAUUCUACACUUCCAGCACUCCCAACCUCCCUCACCCUCACCCUUUCCACCCUCUCCAUCUCGAAUUCCCGCGCUUGUUCGCCCGAUCUGCCAAUAAUACACUUACCCAGAUUUCAUACCGAUCUGACCUUUAUCCUCGGCGUCGCCCCUCAGUCCUUCAAAAUGUCUGGUUUGUUCGGGAGCGCUACCUCGACGGCGUCCACGAGCACCGCCGGCGACAUUUCCAAAGAUGUGGCUCUGGCGACCCCCCCAGAAGACGGUGUAUCAGAUCUGCGCUUCUCUCCAACAGCCGAUUUUCUCGCAGUCUCGUCUUGGGAUAAGAAGCUUCGGAUAUACUCAGUCAGCGAACAAGGUCAGAGCGAAGGAAAGGCUCUGAUCCAAUUCGAUGCUCCCGUCUUUGCAGGCGACUGGACUAGUGAUGGCCAGAAGGUGGUUGGAGCCGGAGCUGAUAAGACCAUUCGCUUACUCGAUCUCGGUUCAGGCAACAUGACACCGCAAGUCCUUAAGGACGCUCACACGGAGCCCAUAAGGUGCGCACGCUUCGCCGACAUCAAUAACCAACAAGUUCUCGUCACGGGUUCCUGGGACAAAACCAUCAAAUAUUGGGAUAUGAGACAACCCACUCCCGUUGCAACAAUCAAUGCCCAAGAAAGAAUAUACACCAUGGAUGUUAGGAACAAGCUACUGGUGUACGGCACUGCCGACCGCUAUAUCAACAUUAUCGACCUCAACAAACCCGAAACGCCAUACAAAUCCAUACAGUCUCCCCUCAAAUACCAGACUCGUGUCAUCUCAUGCUUCACCGACGCUACUGGCUUCGCUGUAGGCAGUGUGGAGGGCCGAUGUGCCAUUCAAUAUGUUGAAGAGAAGGAUUCGUCUAACAACUUCAGUUUCAAAUGUCAUCGAGACGGCCCGGCGACGUCAGGGCCAAAUCGCGACGUAACUAAUGUCUUCAGCGUCAAUGCCAUCUCUUUCCACCCAGUUCACGGCACAUUCUCUACUGCAGGCAGCGAUGGGACCUUCCACUUUUGGGAUGGCAAUGCGAAACAUCGACUCAAAGGAUACCCCUCGGUCGGUGGACCUAUUACAGCCACCCACUUUAAUCGACAAGGUACUGUCUUCGCCUAUGCAGUAUGCUAUGACUGGAGUCAAGGGUAUCAGAAGAAUACGCAACAAAACACUACAAAAGUCAUGUUGCACGGGGUUCAACCCGAAGAGGUCAAACCUAGACCCGGUGGCAAGAAGAGAUAGGUCAAUCUCGCGACUGAGACUAUCAAUUCUUCUUGCAACUGUCUUUUAGUGGUCCAAUGGCUUCGCUCACGGUUGAUGGAUGACCAGCCGGGAAUAAAUCACACGAAUCCGGAACCAUCGAUUGCAUUUGUGUCUUGCCCUGAGCAGCUCUUCCGUCAAAACAUCAGGCACCUCCGACCAGUGAGAGGCUAACGGGCUCCUGGCAGAGGCAGAACUCGAUCAUACACCAGCGCCCAGCUACAGCACAGGAACUUUGGACAAUUAUCACGCGAUUCUAGAGCGAUGCCACCUAUGCGAGUAUAAAGGCUUACGCCAGGGUCGGCUACGGCAUUGUGGUUAUCUGAAACCUUGGCGCUUGAUGAAGCCAUGCCGCUUAUUUGAAGGACGAGAUUUAUACGCCUUCGCUCUACAUAGCUCAUAAGCAGAAUGAUACCCCCCAAAAUUGAGAUAUCAGAGCGGCCAAACACCGUAUCUCUCCUGUACCUUGAUUCAAUGCCAGCCUCCCAAUGUGAAUUUCUCUAUCUCUGGUCCAUCUUGUGGACACAAAUGUACCGUGAUUGACAGAGACAAUAAUGGAGGAAUCCAAAUCACUGGUCCCGUCAUGAUCAAGUCAUUGAAGACUCUGGUCAGACGAGGACCAAACUCCAGGAAGCUACUCUCCGGGGCUGUCUCAUGCACCUUUGGAGGAGGUGCUGUAGAACUACAUAAGCUGGCCAAUAUAUAUGACGAGACGACCAGAUAUAUUGCACUCUACAUCCUGCCAUGGCAGGAUUGAACCCCACAGGACGGUCAAUCAUGAG